AUGGGCUCUACAGAUUCAGGUCUGUACUCUGACAAGUGUGAUGGGGAAAUGAGUGAUCUGAGGAAGAGUGUGGAUAGCAACGGAGGGAAGAGUCCGGAGCCCUGCGAGGAAGAGCAGCCCAAGAAGAAGCACCGACGCAACCGCACCACAUUCACCACAUACCAGCUGCAUGAGCUGGAGCGUGCCUUCGAGAAGUCCCACUACCCCGACGUGUACAGCCGUGAGGAGCUGGCCAUGAAGGUUAACCUGCCUGAAGUCAGAGUUCAGGUAGGUUUGUCCACCACCACUUUUACUGGUGCUGUGCUCUAGUCAACUCCUCUGACUUUCUAGCCAAUCAUUGUGACUAAGAGUGUACUCACAUACUAACACCUCUGAUCAGGUACAACCUUGAUCCAAUGUGAAUUCAGCCCCCAGGUAAAUUGAUUGGAGCUGAAUAUCAAUCAUCAAUCAAAUGUAUUUAUAAAGCCCUUUUUACAUCAGCAGAUUAAUACAAUGGUUAAAUGGCUUAUGUUUUCUAAUGAAAAGCCUUAGUGGGUCAGAAAUACCUUCUCCGAAUCUUUAGAUGAUAAUGGUGAGUGACGAUAGGACAUCUUUACUGUUGGGCAGAUUUCUAGAUUCUCAGGAGCUUCAAGGUCACUCACAGCAUGCGUUACACUAUAAAUACAGACAAGUAACAAAGUAAGCUGUGUCCUGCACACACUAGCUCAGGUCUCUGGUUGUCUGAGGGCAGACAUAAGAAGGUUGUCUUAGCAGGGCAGAGUGCAGAAAAAAGGGCAAAGUCUUAAAGCAGGGCAAAAUCACACAGUAGGUCUGGAUGAAUACAGUUAAAAUACUCUGUGCUGUAAAUACAACAAUAGCGGUUGUUCACGAAGCCCCCGGGGCUAUUGAAUGGAACGCAUUACAAUUGGCAAAUUGCUUAUUUUUCCAAUCCAACAAAAUGUAGAAAUCCAAAAUACUGACCAUUCAAGAAAUACCAUCUCUCAAUAUGUUGAUGAUUAUUUAUUUAGAUGGUUUAUAUGAAUAGAGACGGAUACAGUCAAAACAUUGAUGUUAUGGACUUCAACUGCUGAGGGAUGACGUUUUACUGUAGGGCUUGAACAUGCUCCACAUCAGCAGAUUAUGCCCAUAGGUGCUCUGAGACUCCAGUAGGUACCAAACUUUCAAUUAAGACAAGUGUCACUGUCCAAGCCUUGCUGACAAUGGCUCAGGUCCCGGGUUCUCAAGGGACAGCCCAAAAAAGGUGCAAGACAGCAGCGCAAAGGGGCUAAGUCUUAGAGCAGGUCAAAACAAGGACAACACUGAAGGUCUCGGAACAAUUCAAUUCAAUUAUUCUUUAUUUAUGGGGAGACAAAGAAACCAAAAUAUGUAGCUUGAUAAAGCACUAUUCUAAACCCAUUUGGCACCAGUUGGAAUGAUCUGUGCUGUAAAUACUCUGGACCAUAAAUCCAAACCCUCUGCCUUCCUCUAGGUGUGGUUCCAGAACCGCAGAGCCAAAUGGAGGCGCCAGGAGAAGAUGGAUGCCAGCACUAUGAAGCUGCAUGACUCGCCCAUGCUCUCCUUCAACCGGCCGCCCAUGCACAGCAACAUGGGGCCCAUGAGCAACGCCCUCCCCCUGGACCCCUGGCUGACCUCCCCUCUGUCCAGCGCCACCCCAGUUCACAGCAUCCCGGGCUUCAUGGGCCCAGGCCAGGGCCUGCAGGGUGGCUACCCCAGCCACAGCUUCCUCAACAGCCCUCUACCCAUGGGCCAGGGGAUGCAGUCCAUGGCACCUCCCCCGUACCAGUGUUCCGGUCCAUUCACCGACAAGUACCCAAUGGAGGACGUGGACCAGAGGAGCUCCAGCAUUGCAGCACUGAGGAUGAAAGCCAAGGAACACAUCCAGUCCAUGGACAAAACCUGGCAGCCCAUGUGAUGGUCUGAGGAGGGCUAUUGAAACUGUGUUUCCAGUCAUGAUUGGGGUUUUGGGCCAUGAUAAUGGCUUUUUUCAUGCAACAGGAUUGCAGUGAUGGCACCGACAAAUGCUCAGUUAUGACUCAUGAUAUAUCUAAGAUUUCCAACACCAGUGACAUUUCUACCCUUUGUCAGCACUAGAAUGGUUCUUGGUCUCUUUUUUGAGUUCCAUACUAAUGAUGUGA